AUGCAGAAACUCUUAGCUCUUGUCGCUUUCGCCGUCUCCAACGCACUCAGAGCGUCUGCCGUAGGUCCUUAUGGUCAAUGUGGAGGCAAUGGGUAUACUGGAAGUCCGGGGACCGCACAACCUCCAGUCACCCAGCCCCAGCCUCCCGUUACGACUCAACCCCCUCCUGUAACAACGCAGCCCCCAAUCACAACCUUACCUCCGAUUACGACUCAGCCGCCAGCUACAGGGCCGCCCAAACCGUCGGCCAGCGCAGGGGGCUUGCAGGAUAAAUUCGGCGCGAAGGGGAAGUUAUACUUCGGAGCUUGCGCUGACCCCAACACUCUCAACAUCGCCGCCAAUGUCGAUGUUCUCAAGAAGGACUUCGGCCAAGUCACUCCUGAAAAUUCGAUGAAGUGGGAUGCUACUGAGCCAAACAGAGGAAGCUUCAAUUACGGAAACGCGGAUCGACUCGUCAACUGGGCGGUCGAGAAUGGUAAAUUGAUCAGAGGACACACCUUGGUGUGGCACUCCCAACUUCCUGGAUGGGUCAACAACAUCAACGAUAGGGCGACUUUAACUACGGUCAUUGAGAAUCACAUCUCCAACCUCGCUGGCCGCUAUGCUGGAAAACUAUACGCUAGCUUCGUUGCUGUCGCCUUCCAGGCCGCUCGCAAAGCAGAUCCUAAAGCAGUUCUCUACAUCAACGACUACAACCUCGACUCGGACAAUGCUAAGGUCCGAGGGAUGGUCAACCUCGUCAACCGGGUUAACCAAGCGAAUCCCGGAACCGUCGACGGCAUGGGUACACAGAUGCAUCUCGGACCCUUUCAACCAAAGGCGGGAGGUUCUGGAGGGGCACAAGCCGCCCUGAACGCUCUGGCCAGGACUGUUGGCAUCAAAGAAGUUGCCAUUACCGAAUUGGAUAUCCAACAAGCUUCCGCCAACGACUACACCACCGUUGUCCGUGCUUGCCUCAACACCCCUCUGUGCAUCGGUAUCACUGUCUGGGGCGUUAGCGAUGCGAACUCCUGGAGGUCUAACACAAACCCCUUGUUAUUCGAUGGCCAGUUCCGUCCCAAGGCGGCAUAUACUGCCAUAAUCAACAUGCUCUAA